CAAACAUUAUUAUUCAAGAGACAUCGUCAACUUGUCUACGUUUGAUCCUUUAUCUCAAUCUGUCGGAGUGCCGUUUUAAUUCCGAGAAGUUACAAAGUGUUAAAGCUGUUCCUAUCCGACUCGCAAAAUUUUCUUCUUCAAUCUGUCGGGAAUAGAAUUAAACCGUCUUGCGUGACACAAAUGGCUGAUCCUGGUGAAUGUUUAACGUUUUCUUCACACUUACAAUGUGAUUUCUUGACGAAAAAUCAAGGAUCGAAGGAAGUCACGGCGUUCUUGAAAUUCCCCCAAUUCCCUAUAGUGCAGAUGUUGAUGAAAGAACUGAACCUAUGUGCACACGACCACAGCUUCGUGCCCCCAUGGUAGCUCUGUUCCGUAGCAGAAAUCUGAGCCGUGUAUCCAAACGAUUUUCACUGUAAUGUGAAAAUCCUAUUUGAAAAAUCCGUGAAAGUAUGGGUUAAUGUUAAAAGUGCGCUACAUCAAGGUAAAGGUUUUACCUUGAUUCAUAAAGGACCAAAGACUUUCGUAGAUUUAAGUUGUUAGUUAAGAAUUUAGGGUUAGAUAAGCUUCAAGAUGCCUAUAUUAAAUUUACAGCGAUCCUACAAGUACAUAAUGUACGCGACUAAGCAGCCCUCUUUGAGGAUAAAUCAAGCGGAUUUGAAAUGUAAGACCGGUUGUGGGUUCUUCGGUAACGCUGACUGGGAAGGAUAUUGUUCGAAAUGUUACCGAAAUCACAUGGACCAAGUACGGCAGAGAAAAUCCCGACAGGGUAGUUCAGAACAGUCAAAGGCGCAGGUACCUGGAUUUUCAAAGUUCGAGGAAAAGAAAAGACAACAAACUGACAAAAAGACCAAGUACUUGAAGAGUUUGCCAGUUUUCAGGAAAUCGUCCAGUGCCAAAGAUUCCGGAAGGCCAGAAAAGUACAUCGACAUGCGUCAGGCCAAUCCAGAUGCUGACAAACUGAUGGCAGAAUUCAUCUCCUCGUUCGGGGAAUGGGGCGAGAUAGUCAGGAAAGACUUCUUCAAAUGCGUACAAUCGUUCACCACCAAAAUACUGAGUGAACUGGAGGCUAAGCCAAUUGAGGACUUGGCGGAGCUUGCCCAGAACUGCUACAAUUUGUACAACGACAGGGUCAACAACAACGUUGUCUAUCAGGGGGUGACUAGUGAGGUUCGGGAUGAGUUGCUGGAUUUUUUCGAGAAGUACAGUAUGGUCAGUCUGUACAGUUUCCUCUUCUGCCCGCCAUCUACAAACGACGAAGAAAAAGACCUAGCGAUCCAAGACAGAAUCCGUAAAUUAAGCUGGGUAAACGCCCACCACCUGGAUUGUUGCAUAAGCGAGACCAGCAUCGAGGUCCGUGACCUGGUGUAUACCGCCAUCAACGACCUAUUGGGCAUGGACUCGAUGAAAGCUCCCCAGGAGAAGCUCACCUGCGUGGUGCGUUGCUGCAGGAGCGUCGUGGAGGUCCUGCAGCACUGCCAAGGGGGGCCGGUGAGCGCUGACGAGUUUCUGCCCGCGCUGAUUUUCGUUGUCUUGAAAGCGAAUCCUGCUAGGUUGAAGAGCAAUAUUUUGUACGUUACGAGGUUUUGUAACGACUCCAGGCUGAUGCAGGGCGAGGCUGGGUACUAUUUUACGAAUUUGUGUUGUGCGGUGUCGUUCAUAGAAAACCUAACGGCCGAGUCUCUGAACAUGCCCGAACAAGAAUUCCAAGCUUACAUGUCGGGUGAGGUCACCUGCGUCAGCGCUUGGGAGUCCGCUCUGGUGGCGUGCGAGGGCAUGCACCAGUUAUGCGAGCAUUUAGCCCUCCUUAAGGGGCUGUCUGAAAGGACGAACGUGGUACAGGACGGUACGAAGAAGCUGAGGGAGGAUAUGGAGAAACUGAAGGACGAAAUAAACGAAAAAGUCAUAUCCGUGCUCGAAGCAACACCUCUUGUAAUAAAACCACGAAAAUCUCCAUUACUGAUUGCCAAAGAGAACCUGAUUAUUUCACCGCCACCGCUAGUCCCUAAGGUUGUGAACGAAAGCGUGACGACUAGCGAAGAAAUAAAAAAGUCCCCGAAUUACUACCUGCAAAAUUUAUCCAUGAGCCAGAUUAAUAUAUUGGACAGUACAAAAAAUAAGUUACAGCUGAAUAUAACCCCUUGCAUAAGCAUACCGAAUACGAGCCAGGUGCAAACGUCUCAAACAACCGAUUUCCUAUCACCGUCGCCGGCUCAUGAGAAUAAGAGUAUGGACAGUCUAACGCCUGACGAUAACAGCUACUUGGGCUUGUCGAAAAUCAAUUACGAUAUAGACUUUUCCGAUAUAAGCGCAGAGAACAGCAUAGCGGAAGAAUUGGCUUCGGAAAAACAAAAAUCUCCGACUCCGAGUUUCACCACUCCCGAUCCGUUCAGUCCAAUCGGCAGCUCUUGCAACAUCAUGCAAAGUCCUCUGAUUCCAUCCAACGCGCCUCUCCCGAGUGUGGUAGAAGUGAAACCCCCCAAAAAAGAUGACUUCGUCUUACCUUUCCUGGAAAGUAUAUCGCAGACGACAACGGAAGAAACACUUUUGGAUAAGUUAGAAGAAACGCCAUUGAUUGGUUUACCGCCACCUUCUAUAAAACCGUUUACGGCGGAGUAUACCGGUUUUUCCAAGCAAGGGUCAAGGAUUCCGAGUAUUCCGUGUAACACGGGGGAUUUUAGUUCGCUGAAUUUGCAGCAGAGCAGCUUGCCGUCCUCUUCCAAAGAAGUUCCAGAUUAUUAACGUUAAUAACUUGAAAAAAAAUAUAUAGGCCAAUUUAACCCGUUAUUGUUGUAUUUUUAUUUUAUUUUACUAGAACUUUGUUUUUUAAUGUUGCACCUGAUUUUGUGAAUGUUGCACCUGAUUUUGUGUCUCGUCUCAAUAAUUAGUCCAACCAAAUUAGACUUGGAGAAAAAAAAAAUUGUU